UUUUCCCUCUAUUCUACUGCUCUACUCCUCAUCUCUCUCUUCUCCGCCCCCAUCUCUCCACUUCCCCUCCUCCUCCUCCUCCUCCUCUUCUCACUCCAUUCUUUUUAUUUUGUUUUCUAUUUUUUAUUAAAUUAAACGAAUAAAGAUAAAAAAUAAAAAAACAAUUUUGGCUUUUCUGUUUUUUUUUUUUUUUUUUUAAAUUAUUGAGGCGCAUAAUAUAGACCCCUAACUAGGAUCUGAUCCAGUAAUCCCUUCCACAACAAAAACCGCUCCAACUGUCGCCGCCGGAAUAGAUUUCCGACCCACCACCACCGCCUCCUCCCCCUUCUGAUCAAUCUUCAUCUCUGAUCAAAGGUUUAUACAAAAAAAACUUAUGUGGUUCGCGUUCGCAGCGCCUCCAUGUCCCCUCACUCUCCGAUUGGUCGAAGCCUCGAUCCACCCACGAUUCAUUUGGCCAUCCUUGCUUCUAUGCACCUCCGCUUUUCCCCGGCUCUAAUCGCCGGUCUUCGUAUGCUGAACUCGCCGUUUCUUCUCAGCUUCGUUCCUCAAUAACGAAAUCCGUAUCUAAAAGCUUUACUUUCUUUUUUUAGGCAUGAGAUUAGAGGUUUGAGCUAGGAAGAGUUGAACACUGUUAUACUAGAAGCUUUAGGUUUGUCGAACUUUAGCUCGGAGUUGUGAUACUUGAAGUUCUGUGAUUGAGGAGAGAAAAAAAAUACAUAUAUAUAUUUAUUUAAUUUGGUAUUUGAUUUUGAGAUAUGGCUAUGGAGGAUCGAAGGAUGAGUAUAGGAAUGUCCGACGAGGUACUCGGAUGUGUGAUGCCGUAUAUCCACGACCCAAAGGAUCGCGACGCCGUCUCACUUGUCUGCCGCCGGUGGUACGAGCUUGAUGCGCUCACGCGCAAGCACGUUACGAUCGCUCUUUGCUACACCACCACUCCUGAUCGGCUUCGAAGUAGGUUUGGGUUUCUCGAGUCUCUGAAACUUAAGGGGAAGCCUAGGGCUGCCAUGUUCAAUCUGAUACCGGAGGAUUGGGGAGGUUUCGUCACGCCGUGGGUGAAAGCAAUUACCGAGUCUUUUCAAUGCUUAAGGUCUCUGCACUUUCGCCGCAUGAUCGUCAAGGAUUCAGACCUUGAGCUACUCGCUCGCUCUCGUGGCCGCGAGCUCGAGGUGCUCAAAAUCGACAAGUGCUCGGGAUUCUCCACCGAUGGUCUUUUCCAUAUCGGCCGCUACUGCAGGAGUUUAAGAACCUUGUUUUUGGAGGAAAGCUCAAUAAAUGACAAAGACGGUGAAUGGCUGCAUGAACUUGCAGUCAACAACUCGGUUCUUGAGACAUUAAAUUUCUACAUGACGGAUCUUGCCAAAGUCAAGUUUGAGGACCUCGCACUCAUAGCUAAAAAUUGUCGCUCAUUGAUUUCUGUCAAAAUUAGUGAUUGUGAAAUCUUGGACCUUGUGGAUUUCUUCCGUGCUGCAGUUACAUUAGAGGAAUUUUGUGGGGGUUCCUUCAAUGAACAGCCAGAAAGGUACUCGGCCAUAUCAUUGCCACAAAAAUUAUGCCGUCUGGGUCUAACAUACUUGGGGAAUAAUGAAAUCCCAAUAGUAUUCCCUUUGGCAAACCUACUGAAAAAGUUGGAUCUUCUCUAUGCAUUGCUUAAUACAGAGGAUCAUUGUACAUUAAUUCAAAGGUGUCCCAAUUUGGAAGUGCUCGAGACAAGGAAUGUCAUUGGAGAUAGAGGAUUGGAAGUUCUUGCCCAGAGUUGCAAGGGACUAAAGAGGCUCAGAAUCGAGAGAGGUGACGAUGAGCAAGGGAUGGAGGAUGAAGAAGGUGUUGUCUCACAAAGGGGUUUGAUUGCUUUGGCUCAAGGCUGUCUUGAAUUGGAAUACCUGGCUGUCUACGUAUCUGAUAUUACAAAUUCUUCACUGGAAUGCAUUGGUACCUACUCUAAGAACCUUUGUGAUUUUCGUCUAGUUUUGCUUGAUAGAGAAGAGAGGAUAACAGACUUACCACUGGACAACGGAGUUCGAGCUCUUUUGAGAGGCUGUGGAAAGCUUAAAAGGUUUGCCCUGUAUCUCCGGCCUGGGGGUUUGACUGAUGCUGGUCUCAGCUAUAUUGGGCAGUAUAGUCAAAAUAUAAGGUGGAUGCUUUUGGGUUAUGUUGGAGAGUCCGAUGCAGGGCUUUUGGAGUUCUCUAGGGGAUGUCCUAGCCUGCAAAAGCUAGAGAUGAGAGGAUGUUGCUUCAGUGAGCAUGCAUUAGCUAGUGCAGUGAUGCAGCUGACUUCCCUGAGGUACUUGUGGGUGCAGGGCUAUAGAGCAUCUUCAGUUGCGCCUGGUCGCGAUCUUCUGGCAAUGGCUCGUCCGUUUUGGAAUAUCGAGUUGAUUCCUUCCAGACGAGUUGUUCUUCCUGAUAAUAUUGGGGAGCCUAUGAUGGUAGAACAUCCAGCUCACAUACUUGCCUACUACUCUCUUGCUGGACAAAGAACAGAUUUUCCUGAUACUGUUAUUCCCUUGGAACCAGCAGCCAUGAUUCCCGAGUAGAGCUGUACAUACUACUUUUUCCGCCUUCAUCUUCCUCAAAGAAGUCUCCUUCUUGCCACGCCUUGUUUAUAAAUUCAUGUUAACUUAUUUCUUUUCUUUUUUGCUAAGAUGGUGGUAAUUUCAGAUUUUUACUUCUUUUUCUUUUUUUUUUAAUUCUAGACUGUAGUCCUGUAAUAAAAUUUGGGUUUCUUGUGUAAUCUGAAAACAUAUGCGGUCUUUUGAUGAAAAUACAGUCUUCGUUCCCUGCCGGGAGCAGUUUAGCUUGAA